AAGUUGACAAUUUGGUUGCUUAGCGGCAGGGGCGAGGGCUGGACGUGGAAAUGUGGUGACAGUAAUCAAGAAAAAAAAAAUGGAUAUCGUGCUGGCAUGCUAACCUAAAUACAGACACAAACGUUAUUUAAAGGACACGUUAUCCAUUAUCGAGUUUUAUAUGAGCAGAAGCAUUUUCCGAGGAGACCAUUACCCCUGGGCUAGACACUCUAACGCUCUGCCCCUGCGGUCAGUCGAGUGUGGUCCAUAUUUUCAAUGAAGAGCGGGGCUAAGGAUUCUGGCCCAAGAAAGGAAAGACACCGUUCAUGUCCUUUCCCUAGGCUUACUACCCUUCCCCACUGGUGUUGUUAGUUGUAGUUGGUUCCGGUGAUGUGCCAUGGGCUACGAGGUCACCCGGUUCCAGGGGGACGUGGAUGAGGACCUGCUGUGUCCCAUCUGCAGUGGAGUCCUAGAGGAACCUGUACAGGCCCCUCACUGUGAGCACGCCUUCUGCAACGCCUGCAUCACCCAGUGGUUCUCACAGCAGCAGAUAUGCCCGGUGGACCGCAGUGUGGUGACGCUGGCCCACCUGCGUCCCGUGCCCCGCAUCAUGCGCAACAUGCUCUCCAAGCUCCAGAUUGCCUGUGACAAUGCCGGCUUCGGCUGCACCGCUGUGCUGCGCCUGGACCAGCUGCAGUCCCACCUCAGGGACUGCCAGCACAACCCCAAGAGGCCCGUCCAGUGUGAGCACGGCUGUGGACUGGAGAUGCCUAAAGAUGAGGUUUCCAGCCACAACUGCAUCAAACACUUGCGCGGUGUGGUGCAACAACAGCAGGGCAAGAUUGCCGACCUGGAGAAGACCGCUGCUGAACACAAGCACCAGCUGGCAGAGCAGAAACGGGACAUCCAGCUGUUGAAGGCAUACAUGAGGGCCAUCCGCAGUGCCAACCCCAAUCUACAGAACCUAGAGGAGACCAUAGAGUACAAUGAGAUCCUAGAGUGGGUGAACUCCCUCCAGCCGGCGCGUGUCACCCGCUGGGGUGGAAUGAUCUCCACACCAGACGCUGUCCUUCAAGCGGUCAUCAAGCGCUCGCUCAUCGAAAGUGGCUGCCCGCCUUCCGUCGUCAACGACCUGAUCGAGAAUGCCCACGAGAGGAACUGGCCUGCCGGUCUGGCCACGCUGGAGACCCGGCAGAUGAACCGCCGCUACUACGAGAACUACGUGGCCAAGCGUAUCCCGGGGAAACAGGCAGUGGUGGUGAUGGCCUGCGAGAACCAACACAUGGGGGAGGACAUGAUCUUGGAGCCGGGCCUGGUCAUGAUCUUCGCCCACGGGGUGGAGGAGAUCCUAUGACCCGGCUGGGGGUGGUGGAGAGCAGAGCAAAGGGGACACCGUCUUACCUGAGCAAUGGGGCGGGAGCAGGGGGUGCUAUGGCUGCGUCCCAAAAUGUCACCCUCUUCCUUAUAGGCCCUGGUCAAAAGUAGGGAACAGGGUGCCUGUAACAGUAAUUGAGCUGACCAGUGAGAGGCUGGCGUAUUCCUCAUCUGGCACAACUGUGCAGCACCUUCAGCAUUAAAAUGCUUCUAAUUCA